GGUUUGGGGACAUGUGGUGGCCCCCUUGGCUGGCCGCCUGUCUGGCGUGGGGCUGUGUGGCCGCGCUGUGCGGCUCCCGCGGGCUCUGCCCGGCCCCGAACGCCUCCCGCCCCCAGCCGGGGCAGUGCCCGCGGCGCCGGGGGGCGGCGGAUCUCUGCGCCUGGGCCUUGUCCUCCGACAGCCUCCUAGGUACGGCCUGCCCUGCCCCGGCUGUGUGCGCCUGCCCUGCCCCGAGGCUCUUGCUUGAUCCUUUUCCAGUUGAUGUGAUCCAGGAAAAUUAUGUCCGUAAUGUGAGAAACUGCAUUUUUUCAAUUGUUUAUCCUACACCUUUUAAAUCUAGAGUUCGUCUUGUAGCUGUUUCAAAGGAAGUUAUUGAAAAUAUUUUGGAUCUUGAUAUAUCUGUCAAAGGAACAUCUGAUUUUCUUGAGUUCGUCAGUGGUGGGAAAGUGAUACUUGGGUCUGUUCCAUUGGCCCAUAGAUAUGGGGGUCACCAGUUUGGUACCUGGGCAGGUCAGCUGGGGGAUGGAAGAGUCCACUUGGUUGGAGUAUAUACAAACAGGCAUGGUGAGAGGUGGGAACUGCAGUUGAAAGGGUCAGGAAAGACCCCAUACUCCAGGAAUGGGGAUGGAAGAGCUGUGCUUCGCUCUUCUGUUAGAGAGUUUUUAUGUAGUGAGGCCAUGCACUAUCUUGGAAUUCCUACAAGCAGAGCUGCUAGCUUAGUUGUAAGUGAUGAUGAUGUGUGGAGAGACCAGUUUUACAAUGGAAACAUUAAGAAAGAAAGAGGUGCAAUAGUGCUACGUCUUGCCAAGUCAUGGUUUCGUAUAGGAUCCUUAGAAAUCUUAGCUCUUUCGGGGGAACUGGAUUUACAAAGAAGAUUACUGGACUUUAUCAUCCAGGAACAUUUUCCAUCAAUAGCUAUGAAUGAUUCAAAUAGAUAUCUGGAAUUUUUCUCUACAGUCGUGUCAGAGACUGCAAAUCUGAUUGCAUUGUGGAUGUCUGUGGGGUUUGCACAUGGUGUGUGCAAUACAGAUAACUUCAGUUUAUUGUCCAUAACAAUAGAUUAUGGUCCGUUUGGAUUUAUGGAGUCCUAUGACCCAAAUUUUGUUCCAAACACAUCUGAUGAUGAAAGGAGAUAUAAAAUAGGAAAUCAGGCAAAUGUUGGGCUGUUUAAUCUGAGCAAGCUCUUACAAGCCCUAAAACCUUUAUUGGAUCCCAGGCAAAAGCAUCUAGCUUCCCAGAUUUUGGAGGGGUAUGGUGAGCGCUAUUACAGCCGUUUCACAGAACUAUUCAAAGCAAAAUUGGGUCUUCUUGGGGAGAAUGAGAAUGAUAACUAUUUGAUUGCUUUCCUCUUGAAAAUUAUGGAAGAUACCAAGGCUGAUUUUACAAUGACAUUUCGAGAACUGAGUGAAAUUACUGAAGACCAGUUAAGGGAGCUCCAUAUUCCUGAGGAGUUCUGGACUCUCCAGGAUCUGAGUGAACACAAAUUAUUUUCAGAAUGGGUUACUAUGUACCUCUUGAGAUUAAAACGUAACAAGGGUGAUUCAGACAGCAAAAGAAGAACAAGAAUGACAACUGUUAAUCCAAGAUACAUACUUAGGAAUUGGAUGGCAGAAUCAGCAGUGCAAAAAUCUAAUUUGAAUGAUUUCUCUGAGGUCCGUCUCCUCGAGCAGGUUUUACAACAUCCCUUCCAGAGACAGGAGGCUGCAGAGCGAGCAGGCUACUCCCUGCGCCCCCCAGCUUGGGCCAAGGAUCUGAAAGUAAGCUGUUCAUCCUGAGAGAAAUUUGAACAAGGAAGAAAAAUGAUUCAGGUCGAAGCUCAGGCCUUCAAAUAGGAUUAAUGGACCAAGCCACAAGAACUCUUCUCCCUUAUGCUUUGUGGACUGGAAUGUGCUACUUUGUUAGGCAAGACAAGAUCUUGACCAAUUUUUGUUGAAGUCUGAAGAUUAAGGAAAUGGAUCAGUAUGUGUGGUUGCAUCAGCCAAUUAUAUUGGUGUUGAUAACUCUGCCUUUCACAUUCUUCUGUGCAUUACUUUGAGUAACAAUAUUUAAGUUCUGCCAAGCUGUCACACUUAACCUUUCAGAAUUCAUAGCUGGUCAGGUGGGUCUCAAUAGCUUUUACUGACUGAUCAAUUUAAAAUCCAUCUAAGCUAGUUUUAAUAAUGUGGUAUUUUGAUUAAUUUUCUUCUUGCUGUUAUGCACUGGUCAAAUAUCAUUGCAUUCUGCAGACAUACAUUUUCUUAAGUCUUUUGCAGAGCUGGCACAGGGGAUCAUCUUACACUUAUACCUUGACAUCUUUUCUCUUUCUGAUCUUCUUUUGUCCCAUUAAACUGACAACAGAGAUUUAAAGAAAAUUCAGUUAAAUAGUGAGCAAAGAUGUCUGUCUUGGGAGUGACUUAUCCCAGAAUAAAUUUUGGUGUCUUUGCUGGUGUCAGGUGCCUAUCAAGCCUGGGCCACUGCUCUUUGAAAGUGUAUCUUUUGAUACUAGUAGAAAGAUUGUUGGUGCAUGCAUAAAAAGCCUCAGGAAGAUUUUACCAAUUGGAUCUGGAAAAGGAUUGUCUUGGAAAUAUCUCACUAUGUAUGUAGUCAGGUAAAUAUAGCUUUUCUAUUCAGCCACCUUAUGUUGUAAGGGACUUACAAAAAUCUUGCAGGAAAAGUAUUUAAAGGUCUUUGAGCCCUAGGUCUUGCUAUUUAUCCUUGUUUGAUACUCUAGUUCCACAAAAUUUAGUGUAUAAUUAAGGCAAAAUUAAUACAUCAGCAAUCAUGUCUAACACUGUGCUAGAAAAUUUACAGGAAAAAAUCACUUAUCUGAGGGCUUGUUACUUCUUGAUGUUACCUUGUCUGUUCCCAAAUCCCAAAUGGAUUGUUUUAGGAUCUAUUAGUGGUAUAAUUAAAAUUUCACAAAUCUACUUCUAGAAAUAUAAUUAGUGUGGAAAAAAAAUUAUAUUAGAAAUCUUUUAGGGACUAAAAAAAUAUUUGAAUGCCUUUACUUCUUAGCUAUAAUCAACACGAUUACUCAGGGUGGUUUCCCCUCAGAUAUACAGCUGUUCAAAUGUAAAUGCAGUUGUUCAAAUGUGCCUCAUAAUGGGAGGCACAAAACAGAUAUUUACAGUUUUCUGAAAUUCCAGUCUGAAGUUUAAGCAACUUAGGCAAGUUCAGCCUGGGUUAGCAUUCCUUGUGCAGGUAGAAAGUGCCCUCCUUGGAUCACUGGGAUCAGUGUUUGAGCUGGCACCACCUCCAGACCAAAGGUUUGGGCUGCUGGGGGCCUGUUGAAACCCUUUAGCACUGGGCUGUGUUCCAGCCCACUGAAACCCUGGCACUGAUGCAUCUUCUCGACAAUUCCAAGCAAAAUGGUGUUGUGAGGAAACGUGUGAACGUCAGCAUUACCACCUAAGGGGGAGUGGGUUGCACUCAAGUAAGUGAUGAUUUAAAGAAUGUUUUUGUGUCUGCAGGGGAAAUGCAGCAAUUAGGUGAAAGGGGAGAUCUCCAAUUCAUGUUUUACCAAAUGUCUGGGAAGUUUCUGUUUUGUGGGGGCCAAACAUGGCUGCCUGUACAUCUUUACCUUACGGAUUAACUGCAUAAAUACAGAGCAUUUUUAUAUUGCAUUUUUCUUCAAAGUGUUUUAUAAAUGUUGAAUCCUAUUAGGGGCAAGUCGGCCUCUGCAUCACCCACAGUUACAGGUAAAGAAAGCCUCCAGCAUCACCAUCCACAUCUGGUAAAACCAGAGCAGCCCAAAUGAGAGCUGUUUUACAAGCAGUGGCAUGUACUGCUCCCUGUGAGGCUUCUCAGGUUCUUAAAAAAAUGUCUGAGAGAAUGAAGCAAGCCCUGAAAGUUGGUUUCACGUAUUCCUGUGGCUGCGGAGAGUAGGUCAACUCUCUCUCUUCUCCAGGAGUUUAUUCAUGGACUCAGUCAUGUCUUCUUUCCUGGAUUUAUGUGAAGGCAAAUCUCCAUUUUCUUUCCCCUAGUUUUACCAUGAGUUUACAUAAUCUGAUUUUAGUAACUAUUCUGAUUUCAUAAUAGUCAGUACUGACUGUUAAAGGUGAUCACACUGCCUUAGAAUAUUCCCCAAGACCAUGAGAAUUCCUAAGUCUUAAUGAUACCUAAUCUGUUCUGUGUGUUUCCCUCAAACAGAAUAUGCGUAUUUCCCAGUUCCUGUGAGGCUGUCAAGGAUAACUGCUAAAUAAUAGUUCUGUUCUGUAGUUUUGCCACUAUCCAUUUAAGUUUCUACUUUUCCACUCUCAAAGUGCCUGGCAAAGAGUGCAUGAAAAACACAAAGCAGAUGGUUAUCCCAACACUAUCUUUUAACUAGGUUUGGUAGAAUUAGAGAAAUGAGCCCACAUCGUGCUCAGCAUUUGGUACCAUGUCCCUUUCCACUUCCAGGUUUUAAUCAUUAUGGUUUAUUAUGAUAAUGCAGACAUUAAUACUGUGUUUGAUGAUAUAUUCCCUGAAAUCCUUGGCUGGCACCUGUCUUUCUGGAGCUGCUUCUUCCCUCAUGUUACAUGAACAGAGCAGGGAUGCAAGAACAGAUGGGGAAUAACAAUACUGGGGCUGGUAAUCAAACAGGUGUGCUCAGUCCGUGCUCUUAUGCUCUUUCUGUACUGGAGGACAAUUUUGAAGGGACGGCAGUGCUGAUCCCCCACAUAUGGACUUUUCCACAUGACUCUAACCUUUCUAAUCCUAAGGACUGAUGAAAAAGCGAUGUCUUGAAGGACGUCCUUCUUCCAGAUUAGAGAUGUAAGAGCCCAAAGGAGAUGGCAGCUGCUGAGACUGCUUCCAUUUGAGGUAUGGAGAAAGGUUAAAAAUAACAUGCUGCAAAAUACUGUAAGCUCUAGUGAUAUACAUACAGCCAUCAUCUACAGACCAUUUGUAUGGCAAUAGGUUAGAUAGAGGUGGAAGGAUUAACUUCUAUUUUUACAAAUGCUUUGAAUUACACCAUUGGAAGAUCUUUUUGUAUUUUGCAGCAUGUUUUGGUACCAGAUCAAGCUAAAUAAUUGUGUAUCAUUAAGAUGGCAGCUUUGUUCUUUGAAUGGAGUUUAAAUCUUACAUUUCAGAAAUUCAGUACUACCAUGUACAUACACAAAGUAGUCGAUAGAGGUCUAAUCAUCACAGCAUUUUAUUUGAUUUCUGGAGUUCUCUAUAGGCCUUAAUUAUUUUUUGUUUUGAAGAAAGUUCAACUUCUUUUGUGUAAGAUUAAGUGAAAGAGUUACGAUUGCAGAUGUAAAUUGUAUAAAAUUGAGUUUAUUGUGCUGUAACAAAAAAGAAGGGAGGAAAUAGGGUGAGAGGCUGAGCGUUCUGAUGAGAAGAAUGAAUGCUAGAAAAGCCUUGUAGAAGUCUCAGUGCCUUUUUGAAUCAGAGAAAUUAGCUUAUUGUGCAACAUUUUUAUAAGGACAUGUCCCACUUUAUUUUGAUGCUGUGUGUAUAUUUCAUAAAAUUAAUUUGAUUUAAAAAUA